UAAUAAGUUUGACUUAGGCAAUUUGGAACCCGUCCUCAGUCCUCACUUAUUUUGGUUGUGAAAGUGGAAGUUGCAAACAUAACGCAAGCAAUGAUGUAUACAUCAUUUGGAUCUAGCAGGCAGGAUAAAAGUUGAUGACCGCCGAGCCCUCGAAGUGUCCAAGAAGUACACAACUGCGCAAGCACUCCACUUCAAGCUCCCACCUUCACCGGGGCACCAUCGGUGGCGGACUGGCGGUGGGGCACACAAACCGUUCCUCCCGUGCUCGUCAUCUCCCUUGUCUCUUCAUCGUUCCUUCCGUCAGCCCGCACAUCUCACCUGCGCGCGCGCCAUGGGACCUGCGUGCAAAACCGCAGCGCGGCCGCGCGUGCUGCUGCUGUGCAGCCCGUGCAUGGGGCACCUCAUCCCCUUCGCGGAGCUCGCGCGGCGCCUCGUGGCCGACCACGGCCUCUCCACCACGCUCCUCUUCGCCUCGGCUACAUCCCCGCCCUCGGAGCAGUACCUCGCGGUGGCCGCCGCCGUCCCCGACGCCGUCGACCUCAUCGCGCUGCCGGCACCGCCGCCAGACGCGCUGCCUCCCGCCACGGCCGCGCGCGAGCGCGCGGAGCUCGCCGUCGCCUCCAACGUGCCACGCGUCCGGGAGAUCGCGCGGGAGCUGGGCGCGGCGGCGCCGCUCGUCGCGCUCGUGGUGGACAUGGUCGGCGCGGCGGCGGCGCGCGACGUGGCGGCGGAGCUGGGCGUCCCGUUCUACGCCUUCUUCACGUCCCCGUGGAUGACGCUUUCGCUGCUCCUCCGCCUCCCCGAGAUCGACGCAGCCCGCGCCGGGGAGCACCGGGACGCCGCGGAGCCGAUCCGGCUCCCCGGCUGCGUGCCGAUCCACGCCCACGAGCUGCCGACGUCCAUGCUCGCCGACCGGAGCAGCAGCGCGUACGCCGGGUUCUUGUCCAUGGCCAAGGGCGUCGCGGGAGUCGAUGGCGUCCUUGUGAACACGUUUCGUGAACUGGAGCCCGCGGUGGGCGGCGACGGUCGUCUGCAGCUGCCGGUGUACCCGGUUGGGCCAUUGGUUUGGACCAGGCCGGCCGGCGUGGACACGGACCACGAGUGCAUGAGCUGGCUGGACGGGCAGCCACGUGGCUCCGUGGCGUAUGUGUCGUUCGGCAGUGGCGGCACGAUUACAUGGCAGCAGACGGCUGAGCUGGCGCUGGGGCUGGAGCUUAGCCAGUGUAGGUUCAUCUGGGCUAUCAAGAGGCCACACCAGAGCUCAACAAUCGCGGCGUUCUUCGGGACUCAAAGAGGCGAUGAGCACAGCCCCUUGGAUUUUUUACCUGAAGGGUUCAUGGAGAGGACUAGAGGGAUGGGGUUGGUGGCCCAGUCUUGGGCGCCACAAACAGCUAUACUUGGCCACCCUUCCAUUGGGUGCUUCGUCACGCAUUGCGGGUGGAACUCGGUCCUAGAGAGUGUGAUCAACGGUGUUCCUAUGGUUGCUUGGCCACUCUACGCCGAGCAGAACAUGAAUGCUGCGAUGAUGGAGGUCCAGGUUGGUGUGGCAUUGCGGGCUAAGGUCGGAGCUGAUCGAUUUAUAAGGAAGGACGAAGUUGCGAAUGCGAUUCGACGUGCGAUUGUAGGGGAGGAAGCUGAAAGGCUGAGGAAGCGAUCAAGCGAGCUUAGACGCCAAUCAGCGCAAGCUCUGAGCAAGGAUGGUUGUUCUACUCGUGCUCUAGCACAAAUUGCAAAUGCAUGGAAAUGCGCUAGCAGAAAAUGAAGAAAACUCGGCGUUAUGUUUGCAGCUCUAUCAAUUAUCGAUGGUAAUUUUGUGCUAGAUGACGUAUUUAUUGAAUAUGUCUAUUUGUCACCUAGAACGAUAAACCAAUAAUUUAUCAUAUGAAUAUGACUAAGUUUGGAUUUCCUUCCUUGGGGA